CUCUCUCUCUCUCUCUCUCUCUCUCUCUCUCUCUCUCUCGCUUGCUCUCUGUGUGUCUGCAUGAACUGUGUGAUUUGGGACACAGCCGAGUUAGGACACAGUCCCCGCAGGGAGAAAGUAGACGAUCAUCAUUACAGCUGAGCAGAAGUGUACACUUCUGAUAGAGGACCACUUCAGAUACGACCUAAGACUCUGGAGCGGGGAGAGGAGUGACUGUCCCUCAGUAGUGUACACUGGUUAGGGUCCCUCAAGAUGGGGGAGGUGUUUGUAGUGGACAGCCAGUCCAGCGUGACCCUUGUGCCCCCUAAACAGAGGAACAAGGGCCCUUACAUACUGUACAUCGUCCUGGGCCUGGCUCUGCUCGGAGUCUUCAUAGAGGGACUUCUCAUCUAUCAGCUGUUCCAGCGCAUUACUACACAGACAACACCACACAUCAGUCGGACUUCCAAGUUUAUUGGAGAAAACCAAACUCAGAAUGAGGCUGAAAUCAUGCCGUCUCAGCCGAAUCUGGUAACCAAACCUGCAGCAUUCUUCCAUUACAAACAUGGUGCAGUUCUGAAAUCUGGAAUGUCCAUGAUGGAUUGGGACGAGCGUGGCUUUCCUGCAUUCAGGCACAGCCUUAGUUACAGCAAUGGCAACCUGAUCAUCCCUAAAGACGGCUUCUACUUCCUGUUCUCCAAAGUGUCCUUCAGAAUCAACUGCAGCACUUUCACACACGAGAUCAAGCUGAACUCAUCACGUUAUAGCUACAUUCCGAUCAACCUCAUGAUGGACAAAAGGCGCAGUUGUGUGGACCAGAAAAGGGCUCAUGAGAAGAACCAGUUCAGCAGUUACCUUGGUGGAGUGUUGAGGCUUCACAAGAAGGAAAAGGUGUUCGUUUCAGUCAGCGAUUACAGCAGCUUGAUCACAGAGACAAAACAGAACUUCUUCGGUGGUUUCAUGAUCUAGAACUUGGACACUGUUCAUGAUUUUUUUUCAUCUUUAAUUUCAUAUGUUAUUUUUAUUCUAUUCUAUUUAAGAUUGAAAUAUUUGAUAACCUGCAUUUUACUGCGUCUCAGUGAGGUCCUGGUGUGAACCACAGCAUCACACUCGGGUGUGGGGCCAAAACCAGCACCCCUAGAGCGUUCAUCUGAGUGAACUCUAAUGUAGUAAAGAUCAGAGCGAGAGCAAGAUGGUGAUGUAUUGAGAUACGAGCUGCUAAACUGACCUUCAAGCUGCACACUGUUGCAGACAGAGCUGACAUGCUGCAGAUGUGCAAAACCUUCUGGAAAUGCUGGAUAAAGUCUACAAUUUAUAAUAUAUUUAUCCUUUAUUUAUAUAACUUUUGAAUCUAUGCUGAUCAAAAUCCUCCUCUGGAGCUGAGUGUGUAGAGCAUCUGGAGGAGGUGCUCAAAGGACUAUCUCCUUUAAUUUAUGCAAACUAUUUCUAAAACCCUGACAGGAACAUUAGCUUAUUUUUUAAUAGCUAACAUAAAAAAAUGUACCUCAAACCAAAUCAUAUCUGCCCCACAAAGCUCCUACAAGGAGGUCUCUUUUCACUGAUGGAUGAGGCAAAGGAGGCAGUCGUUAUUUAUUUACGUACAGUGUAUUUCUCAUUAAAUGUUAUAUUAUUUGAUGUUUAUUUUUGGUACAGAUAUUGUUGUAAUGAUCACAUGUUUGUAUGCUUUUAAAACAAUAAAUGAAUCUAUGUGCUUGA